CACGAAAAAAAGGGAGAGAGGGGAGAGUUGGGGCGGAGGGGCCGCCAUUAUCGGGAAGCUGGAAAAAGCCCACCGCUCACCCACAUGCAGCCCUGCAACACGGCCAGGCGUUCCGGAGCGCUUCUGCAUCUCAUGGUCUGUACUCGGCUAUGAAGUGGCAUCACUGCGGCUUGGCGGAACGUCAACGGCACGCACGGCUCUCUGAAAUCAGCUCGUUAUUACGGCCACAACAAAGGACAGCAUAACUGGUCCAGAGCAACGUGGUAAGGCCGGAGGAGGAAGCUGAGAUGCGUUUUCCCCCCUUGACAUGGAAACCAGCAGCAGAUGACCAGCCGCGCACAUUCCCGAUUUGUUGGACGUCGCUGCGGUGUUGACGGGAUUUUUGUCAGCUAACGUUGUUGCUAUGAAGCUACGUUAACGUUGCUGGAUAGAAGAGAGCAGCGGGUCAACCUGAGGCAGCAUAGCUGUUGAAAAGCUUUGCUCAAAUCCACAAAGACCACCAAAAUAGCGUCGCUAAAGGUCCCUUAGCAGCUUAAAUAAACGACUUCGGCAAGUUAGUUGUCAUUUUCAUCGCCUUCUGCACCGAAACCGGCUCUCUCCGUUGGCCUGGACUGGGAGGAGGGAUUGGAAAGGGAAAGGGAAGGAAAGAAGGACGGACGAACGCGGUAAUGGUAUGCUAAAAGGCAUCCAGUCUGCACAUCUGAUACUUCCAGUCAAGCCUGUCAUUCUCAGUCAUCGCCAUUGCAAACUUGUACCCCAGUUCCUCAUUAAUAUGGGCAAAAAACAUGCAACCUUGGUUAUUUUGAUGAAAAGGAAUGUUUGAACUAUUAAAGAAAACUGAGACAAAUGUGAUCAAACAAAAGGGAUCUUCAUAUUGCGCUUUAUGGACACGUGUCAGAGAGUCAGCCUGUGUCAACCUUUGUGGCAUGGCAAGAUGAGUGCCUGCAUACGAUGAUGGCUAAAAAGCAAGAUUCGCGAGCGCCCACCUACAACCUGGUUGUUGUUGGUCUGUCGGGCACUGAGAAAGAAAAAGGCCAGUGUGGAGUUGGGAAAUCUUGCCUUUGUAAUCGCUUUGUCCGACCUAGCGCAGAUGACUUUCAUCUUGAUCACACGUCAGUGUUAAGCACCAGUGAUUUUGGUGGCCGAGUCGUCAACAAUGACCAUUUCUUGUUCUGGGGAGAGGUGGAGCGAGCUUUGGAAGAUGGCACCGAGUGCAGGAUGCAUGUUGUCGAGCAGACAGAGUUUAUUGAUGACCAGACAUUUCAGCCACACCGUAGCACAGCAUUACAGCCUUACAUCAAAAGAGCUGCAUCCACAAAACUGGCAUCUGCAGAAAAACUCAUGUAUUUCUGCACUGACCAGUUGGGGUUGGAACAGGACUUUGAGCAAAAACAAAUGCCUGAAGGGAAGCUGCAGGUCGAUGGCUUUCUUCUGUGUGUUGAUGUAAGUCGAGGGAUGAACCGCAACUUUGAUGACCAAAUGAAGUUUGUCACCAACCUGUAUAAUCACCUAGGCAAGACAAAAAAGCCUGUUGUGCUGGUUCUGACCAAGUGUGAUGAAGGUGUGGAGCGAUACAUUAAGGACUCUCAUACAUUUGCUAUCACUAAGAAGAACUUGCAGGUUGUUGAGACAUCAGCUCGGUCUAAUGUCAAUGUGGACUUGGCUUUCCUUACUCUGAUUCAACUCAUUGAUAAGGGGAGGGGCAAGCCUAAGAUAAUACCUUAUUUUGAGGCACUGAAGCAUCAGAGUCAACUAAUUGCCACUGCAAAGGAUCGCUAUGAAUGGUUGGUGAACCACAUAGUGAAGAAUCACAACGAGACAUGGCCCAAUGUUAGCCGACGCAUGCAGACAGCACCAGAAUACAAAGAAUACUUCUUUUUAGAAGGUACAGCAAAGGCAAAAAAGCUUUUCCAGCAGCAUAUUCAUCGACUUAAACAGGAGCACAUUGAGAGACGUCGUAAGGGCUACUUAAGUACUCUCCCCUUGGCCUUGAGUUCCUUAGUAUCUGAACUAGAUGAAAUUGAGCAUUUGAGCUGGUCUGGAGUACAGAAGGUGCUUGAGUCCAAAAAGGACUUUGACCAUUGGUUUGUUGUGCUAGAGGAUGCACCAUGGGAGGACACACCACAUCUUGACAAUAUGGAAGAUGAGCGCAUUCCCUUUGAUGUGCUGGACACGACUGCAGCAGAAAUCAUCUUUGAUGCACACCUCGAACAUCUGCGCAACGAGAGCAGGCGUGCCGAGAUGCGACAUGAGUUUAAGAUGAAACUGGCUUCUUCACCCUUUGUCACACCUGGGAAGCCAUGGGAAGAGGCACGCAGCUUCAUUAUGAAUGAAGACUUCUACCAGUGGCUAGAUGAGCCAGAAUACUUGGACAUCUACAACAGGCAUCAGAAGGUGAUCAUUGACAGGGCAAAGGAGGAUUUCCAGGAACUUCUGCUAGAGUAUUCUGAGCUUUUCUAUGAACUAGAAGUGGAUGCCAAGCCAAGUAAGGAAAAGAUGGGAGCAAUUCAGGAAGUACUUGGGGAAGAACAGCGCUUCAAGGCUUUGCAGAAACUGCAGGCAGAAAGAGAUGCUUUAGUAUUGAAACACAUCCACUUUGUUUAUCAUCCAACCAAGGAUACCUGCCCUAGCUGCCCACACUGUGUUGACAACAAGAUUGAGCAAACCUUGGCCUUAUGCUUCCCUACACGUUACCCAUCCUUCGGAAAGUCUCACAUGAAUGACAGCAAAGCAGAUAGGAUCAACCUUGUCAUCUUGGGAAAAGAUGGUUUAGCAAGAGAGCUAGCUAAUGAGAUUCGAGCUUUGUGUAGCAAUGAUGACCGCUACGUGCUUGAAGGUAAACUAUAUGAGCUAAUACUUAGGCCCAUUGAGGGCAAUGUGAGGCUUCCUGUCAACUCCUUCCAUACAGCCACCUUCACACCUCAUGGGUGCCUGUGUUUGUACAAUUCAAAGGAAUCUUUGUCUUACGUUGUGGAAAGUAUUGAAAAGUUGCGUGAGUCUACGCUUGGCAGGAGGGAAAACCACAUAGCACAACUUCCCCUCUCUCUCUUGUUAGUCACUAAAAGAGGUGUGGGAGCAUUGAGUGACAUUGGUGGGGAGACUGCACAAACCCUAAUCUCUCAGGGUCAGCAGGUUGCUAUAAAACUACAGUGUAACUUUUUGGAACCUGCGUCUCCUGGCUCGGGCUAUGGGCGUAAUGUGAAUGAAAGACAGAUAAACCAGGUCCUAAAGUGUCUUCUGGACUCAAGGAGGAAUGCCGUAUUCCGCAGCAGUUCCCCACCCCCACCACCUCUGCCUCCAAGUAUCAGAGAUUUACAGCAGGACCAGAGUCCAGAGGCAGACUUGCGUAUCGUCAUGUGCCUAAUGUGUGGAGACUCCUAUGAUGUAGACCAACUUCUUGCGCCCUUCUUGCUUCCUCAGCAUUGCAGGCCAACCUCUCCCCAUUCCAGUGGUACUUCAGUGCUUCUGGAGCAAACAGUCAGUGGUCACAGACAGACAAUUGAGCUGUCCCUACUGUCAUAUCAUGCUUCUUUUACCAUGCGCAAGAGUCGGCUGGUACAUGGGUAUGUAGCCGUUUACUCUGCUCGUCGUAAGGCCUCAUUUGAAACCUUGUGUGCCUUCCUCUGUGAGGUUUCGGACAUCAUUCCAGUCCAGCUGAUAGCUGUGGGAGAAACCCAGGCAGAGCUCACAGACUCUGACUUUGCGCGAGAGCUGCUGACCCAGGGUGAGGAUCUGGCACAUGAAAUCGAGGGACGUUUUGCCAGUGUGAUCUGUGGACCAGGUGGAGUUGUUGGAGGACUGCACAGAGUAGACCUUCUACAACCAUUCUUCAUGGAGGUCUUGGAGAAGAAGACCCUGGUGGAGGCCACUCAUAUGUACGAUAAUGUUGCAGAAGCCUGUAGCGUGAAUGAGAAUGUGUAUUCACCCCAGUGUGGUUCCCCUAGCCCUGUCACAAUGCUGUUAGAUUCUGAGGAGGACAUGGAAGCCUCCCCGCCUUACCACGAUGGCACCCUCACCUCUCAUAGUGGAUUCAGAUUGCCUGACCUCGAUUCAGGUGACACGUUCUCUGUCAUCUCUGAACUUACCACCUUUGAGAACAAGCUGAACAACAAAGUCCCUCUACAGGUGAGGCCCAGACCCAGUGUUACCUUUGACCUCAGAAAGCACAACUUUAAUCCCUACACGGACCCAGUCAGCCAUCGGCGAUCCCUUACCUCAAAUGUGACCUGGCCUCCUGGUGGGGAUGGAAUCUAUGAUCCUUCGGACUACGCUGAGCCAAUGGACGCAGUUUCCAAGCCUCGACCCAGCCACGAAGAGAGCAUCUAUUCAGUGCCACAUGACAGCACACAGGGUAAGAUAAUCACGAUUCGGAAUUCCAACAGGAUGCAUUCUAAUGGAGGAGGCAAUGGCUCUGACAGCGAAGGGGAUGGCAGCUCUUUGGAGCGCCGACGCAAGUUCUCUACGGCAGGAGUUAAGCCACGGCUGUACCGGGAUCGUUCCAAACGUCUGGGCAAGUUCAGUAACUUUCGCACCAGUUUUUCCAUUGGUAGUGAUGAUGAGCUUGGCGUCCUUCCAAAGACGAAGGAGGAUGAAGUGACUGUGCUGAAGGGAGAAUCACUUAUUGAGGAAGGCGAAGAUCCCAAGAAAAGAAACAUUCUGAGGAGCCUUCGGCGACCAGGCAAAAAAGCCAGACCAAAGCCUCGACACUCAAUCUCUAAACCUCUGGAAAGUACUUAUUUUGGGGUGCCUUUGGUUAAUGUUGUGUCUCCUGACAGACCCAUACCACUGUUCAUCGACAAAUGUAUCCGCUUCAUUGAGGCCACAGGUUUGACUACCGAAGGUAUUUACAGAGUCAGUGGGAACAAGGCUGAGAUGGAAAGCAUGCAGAGACAGUUUGAGCAGGAUCAUGGCCUGGACCUGGUAGAGAAGGACUUCACAAUAAACACGGUCGCAGGAGCUCUAAAGAGCUUUUUCUCCGAGCUGCCUGAGCCACUGGUCCCAUAUGGUGCACAAGUAGAGCUGGUGGAGGCUUUCAAGAUAAAUGAUCGAGAGCAGAGGCUGCAGACCAUGAAGGACGUGCUGAGAAGGUUUCCCCGCGAGAACUACGAAGUUUUCAAACACGUCAUGAGCCACCUGAACAAGGUCAGCCAGUGGAACAGGGUGAACCUAAUGACCAGUGAGAACCUGUCCAUCUGUUUCUGGCCCACGCUGAUGCGACCCGACUUCACCACCAUGGAUGCCCUGACGGCCACACGCACCUACCAGACAAUCAUUGAGAGCUUCAUCCACCAGUGCGCGUUCUUCUUCUACAACCAGGCCCCUGCCGAAUCUCCCACGGGACCCUUCGGGGCUCCGGGACCGCUGGUGCCCUCCGCUCUGCCCCCAUCACCCACUGCCGCCCCGACGUGUGUCCCCCCGCCUUCACACUUCAGCCCCCUGCUGCAGUCUCCCCCCAACUCACCCCCGCAAAGCCCCCACACUGUCCCACCAGAGCCACAGACACUGUGAGACAGGGAACGUGUAGAGACGCACACACCCUUAAUCGUUUACUUUUUACUUGCCUAUCGCCGAUGUGUUUGCAGACGUACUCAUUACUCAUAUCCCUCGUGCAUGCACACGCCGCAGUCUUUACACAGACACUUGAAAACACAGUACAUAUAUUUAGGUCAGUGUUGCAUGUGGUAAUUGGAUACAGUGCUUCAGCGCUGUAUUGAGUUAGUGAAUGAUUUGCACACUCUUGAAACAGUAGCGUGCUGUCGCACACUCUCAAGCCGGGCGUACACUACAUAGUUCAGAAAAUCCUAUCCAACAGUCAGAAAUAGAAGUAGGUUUACAGACUUUCUUGGCCUUUUUGCUGUGAGGAAAAUAAGCAGAAAAAUAAUAGCAACACUAGGACCAGUGUCCAUAUCCAGUAUUUUUUAUGUACAUAUCUGCCAAUUCAUAAACAAUUCCGAUACGUAACAAUCAUAAAAUGGCACAACUUAGCAUUAUGAGGAAAUACAACAUUUAUAUAUGUUGGGUUACAAAAAAAUAAUCAAAUGCAGCAGUUUUAGCAGAGUAUCCCAAACAUGUCCAAACAUUCAGAUCUUGUGUGAUGUUAUUAGUUAUUGGUUUGAUUCUAGGGUUAGGGUUUUUCUUUUGAAUAAUUUCUGCUAAAAUCUAGGCUGUACGAUUCUCUUACCAUUGUGAAUCUCUUAAAACAAUAUCAAGAGUUUUGGUUUCAAAAAAGCACUAAAACCCCAAAAUUUUGACAUUGUUAUGUGGACUUGGACUCGUUUGUGCUUCUGUGGAUGCACAAGUAGCAUAGCAAAUCCACAGUGUGUGGACUGAUAUGCGGUUGUCUGUAUCACUGAUACGACAGAUACGUUGCUGACCAACUCACAACCCAGGACUUCACAUUUACUGAAGACGUACAUUCUUGAUAAAUCAGCUCAGUGAUUACUUCACAAAUAGAAAAUCUACAGGUUAAUUAUGAAGCCGUGUUUAGCAGAAUGAGUGUUCUCUAACGUUCUCCACUAGAUCGAGGAAACCAACAGUAGUAGGAUAUGAUGAAUGUGUACAUGUUUGUACUUUGAGUACGUGAAGUAAAAUAAAAUAUUUCCUUGAUUGUCAAAAUAAUCGCUCGAUUAUUUCAUAGUGGUAGCCCUAGUGGGAAGGUCUCUGAUUACUCAACCUAGUUUGGAAGGCCAAACACCGAGUUCACCUUCUCACACUACCAGCUCAUCGAUCAAACUCCCAGCCAGAAAAGUCACGUCUGAAAACCAUUCCCAAAAUUGUGUAGUGUACGCCUAGCCACACACGCAGAUGGUUUUAAGCAAACUUUCAGAGUACGCACAGUCAUGUGAUGGCAUUCACCAAGUGUUCGUAGCUCUGUGUGUACGUUCUCACUCAGAUACGCACACAAACUCCAUAUCUCUCUUUACUGCAUCCUCCCAUCCUGCAUUAUGGGGCGCUGUGCAGAUGGAUCAGCCUUUUCCUUUAUAACGAAAGUGAACAUUUCGCAGUUUGGUAGACUUCUGAGUGUGCAGUUUUUCCCAUUCUUGUCUUUCUCUGUCUCUUCCUCACUCAAUCUCUCCUCCCUCCUGUGCUGGUUUCCUGAACUCAGACUGUGGCUGCUCUUUGGUCCAGAAUAGAUGAAGAAAGAGGUGGGAUGUGCGUUCCGAAUGGCAUUCCAUCCAUCCAGGCACUUAGUCUUUUCUUGAAGACUCUGUCCAAUGAAGAUCAACAAACUUUGGGAGAGUAUCAGAAAUGUUUUAUUUAUUUAUUUUGAAGAAUGGCAUCACUGCUGCUGCACCCUCAUUUGCCACUUUGUCUGACAGUAAUGACCACCUGUUGCCCACAUUGACCCCUUUCAUGAGAGACGAUAUGGAUUUAAAGACCGGAGGUGAAAGUUCCUCUGUGCUCCAUGACUUGAAGCCUCUGGACAUGCUAAGGUGUGGCAUUUGUGAAGUUCUGCUCAUUGGUUCCUGUGGAUCUGUGCCCUUAAAUUCAGCCAUUGGGAGUGUACCUGCCUUUGUUCCGAGACCUUUUCUUCCUGGAACGCUGGGAUCCGUUCGGCUGGUUCUUUAACGUCAGAUGAGCUGAGGGGAUGCACUUUAUCAUCGGGUGAAGGAAGUGCCCCAGGGCCUUUUGCUGAACUUUUGAACUUAACCUCUCAACACUUUGAACCUCUUCACCAAGGGCGAACCCAAAACCCUCACAACCUUAAUGUAGGAUACGAAUUCCAAAAACCACAUCAGUAGGCCUUUUAUGGACGCCCCCUCGUGACUGUUUAAGAAAAAAAAAACAUCGAAAAAAGAAACGGCACCGUUUUCACUUACUAAUCUAAAGCACUUUGAUUUUAUUUGACGUUUUACUUAGACCUGUUUUGUGAAACAUAACACUGAAUUCCGUUCGGUUUGAGUCAAAGUCCAUCUCGGGGGGCUAUUUUCGGUCUUUCCCGAGGCUUCAGCGUGUCUUUUGUCCUGGAUUUUUCUUGUACAUGCGCGUCAUUUAUGGCUAAGCCAUGUCUAAUGUAUACAUUAACUCAUAUCAUGAUUGUUUGAACAUGUACUCCGAUUUCAACAUGUACAGCAGUCCCGCGCUCCGCAUCUGCCAUCGCAUACGCUGUCCCCGCUCUCCAGAGUGUCAGUGCAUUUCAUGAAUCCAUAUGAUGUAUAAAAAAGAAGAUCCAGCGGCUCAUUGUGUGUAGAUUGUAAAUGACUUUGCUCUUCUCUUAAAACAUGAAGCCUUUCUGAAACUGAGAUUUGUAAUAUACAUUUUGCUUGAAAUGCCCCUUUCUUUCUUUCUUUCUUUUUUUUUUUUUUUUUUUUUUUAAAUCCAGCCAAGGUACAGUAGCUUAAGUACCAAAGUAGUGCUCAGUGACCAGCUAGACUCAGACACUAGUUUGAAUGACUAUUUUGAUGAUUUGGUAGGGGUGAUAACUUUUCAUCUAGGUUCAGAUACUUGACACGUUGUUCGUGCUUUUCUUUCAAACAGGAAAAUCAGCUUCUUGGAUGAAAUAUGAAUGUUUCUGAUCAUAUGUGUUCUUUCAGUAACUGGGAUUCUGCGGCUGGAAAGAGCAGAUCGAGAACUCGUUCAGCUACGAGGCAGUUGGCCUGUCUGUACGCCACCCACAAAUGUGUCUUUUCGUAGAGGCUGUUGCUUUUUGGCAAAAAUCCCAUUAAAACUGUAGCGCUCAAGUCA